AUGCCCAAUGUAGGUGUUGCCGCGCUUGCCAUACACUGCCAGAAGACUUACCAGGCUCAAGGUUUAAGGGAUAGACAGACCUCCGAGGUGGGGUCAGAUACUAUAUCGAAACGUGGCUGGAUUCCUUACUGGUCCGCCAAACGCCAUCUCACCUGCGGCAACCCCUCUCCGCACUCGGCGUACUCAUCCAAGAUCUUUCCUUGGCGGGGCUCUGCUCCUUCAAAGUUAAAGACGGCGAACGCUGCUCUCGUCUUAUGUUUGAAUAUAGACGUGGAUCCACCGGAUGUCAUCAAGACUAGCCCCUGUGCUGUUCUCGAGUGUUGGGUAGAUCCACAUACUUUGCCCUCCCACAAAGCCUUAGAAGCCAUCGGUACCAACCUCCAACACCAGUUCGAGGGCCUCAGCCUCAAAAUCCCAUACAAGCCCAUUCUUGAUCCAUCCUAUGAAGACCUUCGCAGAUUUUGUGUGACUCUUCGCAAACAAGCCAAAGAUGACACAGUCUGCUUCUACUAUAACGGCCACGGCGUGCCAAAGCCAACACCUAGCGGUGAAUUGUGGUGUUUCAACCGCAAUUACACCCAAUAUAUCCCUGUUUCCCUCAUGGAGCUACAGGGCUGGCUCGGAUCGCCAGGUGUAUACAUUUGGGACUGCUCAGCCGCUGGUAACCUGCUGACCAAUUUCAACAUUUUUGCGGAGCGCCGGGACCAAGAAGUCUUCAAUACCCGGGGAGGUUACCCUGACGGCAUGCAGCCGUACAUGCACUCCUUGCAGCUUGCAGCUUGUCUCGCACAUGAGCAGCUUCCUUCCUGCCCGGAGCUACCCGCAGAUAUUUUCACAUCGUGUUUAACGUCCCCAAUCGACAUCGCAUUACGCUACUUCAUCAUGACACAUCACCUACCCAACAAUACCACUCCAGACAUGGUGAUGCAAUUGCCAGGAGAUCUGAAAGAUCGUCGUACCCCGCUGGGCGAACUUAAUUGGAUUUUCACGGCGAUAACAGAUACAAUUGCGUGGACAACAUUCCCUCGGGACAUCUUCACACGACUGUAUCGCUCCGACCUCCUCAUUGCCUCGCUAUUCCGCAAUUUUCUCCUCGCUGAACGUAUCAUGAAAAACUACCAUUGCACACCUCACACGUAUCCACCAUUACCUCCAACCAACACCCAUCCACUAUGGUCAGCAUGGGAUCUCGCCGUUGAUACAUGUCUCAGACAGCUUCCCGAUCUACUUUCCAAGGUGCCUUCUGCAGGAAACGCGACGCCGAGCCUAGGGCCUGCAGUUGCACGCACAGGUCGCAUUGGCCAGCAGGGCCCCCGGGGUAAUACCACUGGUCCUCAGGGCGAGAAGCCCUACCAGUACGUUCCCAGCCGAUUCUUCGCCGACCAGCUGACGGCUUUCGAAGUCUGGAUAUCUCGUGGUGGAUCAGCUCUUACGAAGCGUGGGCCACUAUCCCUCCCAGUGCAGAACGGGGGUCCUGGGUUUGAAGACGGCCUGGUGGCUGAUGGACAUGCUGGCGGGAGAGGACUUAAUACUCAACAUUCGGAUGACCUUGUCCCACGCAAGCCUCCAGACCAGCUUCCUAUCGUGCUUCAGGUUCUUCUGUCACAGCCCCAUCGCCUUCGCGCGCUCAUUCUACUCUCGCAAUUUGUCGACCUCGGUCCAUGGGCCGUCAAUCUUGUCCUCACCAUAGGCAUUUUCCCAUAUAUAUCCAAACUGCUUCAGGCAGCGGGCCAGGACCUACGCCCGGUGCUCAUUUUCAUCUGGGCCCGCAUUAUGGCUGUCGACCCUAGCGUGCAGGUUGAUCUACAUAACACCGGAGGUUUCAAAUAUUUUGCGAACGUGCUCGGACUAACGGACGAUCAGCCUCAGCAUUCCCUCCCUAAUAGCUCUGAGCAUAAGGCUAUGUGUGCCUUCAUUCUCGCCACAGUCGCCCGGGAUUUCUAUCAUGGUCAAAUGGCGUGCUGGCGCGAGCGGGUCUUCGACAGCUGUUUUGAAAAGUUGAAGGAGAACGAUUUUUUGCUCCGGCAGUGGAGUGCGCUUUGUAUCGCGCAAAUUUGGGAAGGAAACGACGAGAUCAAGGUUUAUGGCGUCGACCGGGGUACGCAGGACAAACUCGUUCCGCUACUUUCCGAUGCUUCUCCGGAGGUGCGGGCUGCUGCUAUGUACGCCUUGGGCACGUUCAUGGGCGCAAGUGGUUCUGCUGACCCUGCCAAACAAGGAGGCGGGGGUAGUGGGACGCAAUACCAACUUGAAGAACGUGUUCAUUUUCGCAUGGAAGUUGCAGUUGUCACAGGCGCAACAGUUGUCGCAAAGGAAGAUGCGAGCCCCAUGGUUCGUAAAGAACUUCUCGUCCUUAUCAGCUGCCUUGUCAAAGAAUGGCGAGGUUACUUUGUCGUCUGCGCAUGGAUCUACUGGGAAGAAGAUCGGAAGUGGCGAACCGAAAUGAACCCGCAGCCUCGUGAAGAAGAAGUGACCUCGCAGGCCAUGUCCGAAUGGCUUGAUUCCUUCGCGGACGACGAUGCGGUUCGUGAAGAGAAUCGCGUGCUACUUUCAUCGUUCUUCACUAUAUUUGUCGCUCUCCUUGAGCUCACUGUUGACCCAUAUCACGAAGUCGCAACAAAUGCACAGACCAUCACCGACUAUGUCAUGGCCCUUCUCCUUGCAUCUCCAUUUUACCGGCUCGAUUGUACAACGCUCGACUCCCCACCCGUACCACCGAAUUACCAUGGAUCUGCAGCUGGUCCACAUUCUCGUGGUCCAUCUCUCCAGUCUUCACCGCUCAUGCCACGUCCCCCCACACCUACUACCAGCCGGCCCAGUCUCAAGCGGGCUGACACUGUAGCUAGCACUUUUUCUGGCGUCACAAGCACACUUCGGCGUACGUCCUCCUUUGCAAGCGUGCUGCGCUCGUUUGCUGGUGGAAUCGCCUUCCCAAGCGUGGAAGAAGGUCGGGUACCUCCCAGCCCCCUUCCCGGGUUUUCGACCCCGUCACGCUUGGACGCAACACAGUCACGACCCCCAUCCCCGAACUUGAACUUUGCGCAGUACGCAUCACCCUAUUCUCGUCCGCCGACCCCCACGAGGGCUUCGCUACCACCAUCUCCAACGGAGUAUGCUCCGCAACCCGACUACACGCCACUGAACGUGAUGGAGGCACUCAUGGAAGAGGAUAUGGUACGCUUGCGCGCACGUCGGCGAUCAGGCGCCCAUGGGCGGCGACAUGCACCUGACCUGAGUGGACUUGGUGGUGACCUUAGCAGCCCAUGCGGGAGUACGUUUUCGACGGACUCGGGCAGUGUGCCGCUAGGCUGUGGAACGGGAAAUGGACUUAGAGAUGUCCUCCCUCUGAAGAGCUCGUUCUUUGAUUGGUGCUGCGAGUACUUCAAGGAGCCCCAAAUGAGGCAAGCAGAAGCAGAUGAGCCUGGAAGUGUGCAGUACAAUUAUCAAGUUUGGAGGCAACAACGGAAUGAACAGCUAAUAACCGAGGCACAGCCCCAGACUCUCCAAGCAGAACGCGUACAAUGGGACAGGCCGGUAGCAAACUUGCAAGUCAACGGCAACCCGCUCUCCAUGGCACUCCAUUCCUACGAUCCACAUCUAGUUGUCGCCAAUGACACGGAUAUGAUAGGCGUUUGGGAUUGGUCCCAACGGAAGCGGUUGAAUUAUUUCUGCAACGGCAAUCCUCGUGGGACAAGCAUCACGUCGCUACAUAUCAUCAACCAAGAUGUUGGCGGCAUUAUUAUGACAGGCUCGGCCGACGGCAUUAUACGAUUGUAUCGCAAUUAUGAUCCGGCGCUGGACCAGGGUCCACUGCAGAUGGUCAGCUCUUUCCGCGCCCUUGAUGAGAUGAUAAGCGUUCGGAGAGGAACCGGAAUCGUUAUGGACUGGAGACAAGUGGGAGGUACUUUACUUGUGGGCGGUGACUCUAGGAUCAUCGGAGUUUGGGAGGGGCAUACCGAGUUGCAUGUAUUGAAUUUGGAGACCAACUCUGAAAGUCCUGUCACUGCUAUAGUGUCUGACCACACCUCUGUAUCAACUUUCUUGGCUGCAUUUGCAGAUGGUGUCAUAAAAAUGUUUGAUCGCCGUCUAGAGGAAGAAGAUGCAAUAGUUAGGACCUACCAAAGUCAUCCUUCGUGGGUACAGAACGUCAAAUAUCACCCAAGAUACAGUGGGCAAUUCCUGUCAACCAGCCUUGCUGGAGAUGUCCGCCUAUGGGAUGUCAGAGGUCCCGAGCGCCCCAUCCACACAUUAGAUCUACAUCCAGGAGGGCUAUCGACCUUCGACGUCCAUCCCCAAACUGCCGUUUUUUCCACUACAUCUGCGCUCACCCCAGCGAACUGGAGACACCAACGACUCUUGUUACACUCUAUGACGGAUUUCAACGUUCUCUCUUCAAUGAUGCUGCCGACAGGGUUACCCGUAUAUUCCCGACGUCCGCCUUCGUCAUAUAUUCCCAGAUAUACGUCUUUUGCUUUCCACCCUCUAGAAAUGAUGUACGCCAUUGGUGAACCCGACGGAACUGUCAAACUUAUGGGUUCCAAACUCUCCUAA